AUACUAACUUUCCAAAAAGCCCUUACCAACCUAAACUCAUCAUGCCUCCUAGAAGACAAAAUCCUCCUCGUCAACAAGCUGUUCGGGACAUAGAAAUGGAAGAACUACGUCAACAAAUUCAAAGGCUUCAAGAAAGACUCGAAGCUUUUGAGGGAUAGCAAGCUCAACACCCGCAAGACGAACCACAUGAGUCAGAAGAAGAUACUGACGACGAGAAUCCCUUCCAUCACCUAAGGGAUAAUGAAAGCUCAUCAUCAACAAAAAAAGUUCGUCGUCGACGACGUCCCCAACAAAAUGCUGCUCCCAAAUCCACUAACCUUGGCAUCAAAAUCGAUAUUCCAGAUUUUGAAGGUCACCUUCAACUAGAUGAAUUUAUCGACUAGUUGCACACUGUGGAACGUGUGUUUGAACUCAAGGAUAUUCCUGACGACAAGCGUGUGAAGAUCGUCGCCAUCAAAUUAAAGAAGCAUGCAUCCAUUUGGUGGGAGAAUCUCAAACGUAGUCGAGAAAGAGAAGGCCGCAACAAAAUUAGAACUUGGGAGAAAAUGCGUUGGGAACUCACUCCAUCGCGGUUUUGUUUCUAAUCCUACUGCUCAUAAUACGACCCUCCACCGACCUUGGGUUCUUUGGUUUUCUGAUUGGAGUAAUUGGAUCGGUGGCCUACGGUCUCUAUGGAUUGAAAUUUGGAACUUGGAUAGUUGUAGGUAUUUGUUCUUUCCUACUGGGUUUUAAGUCCUGGUUAGAUAAGAAUUGGUUGGAGGUCGAACAAGAUCACUCACUGCCCAGUACUAGCGCUACCAGUAGUACCCAAGGAAGCAAAAACAACCAAAUUUUUAAGUCGGCUAUUAACGAGGCAGUAAUAGUGGCGAGUUUUUCCCUCAUCUGGAUGAGCACUUUGUUUUCUACCAAUUGUUUCUGGCUGGGAGGGUGCACAUCAUCCUUGAUCUUGCAAAUGCUUACAUCUGUGGUCAUUUUUGGUUUGUGGUUAUACCUUGCUUUUUUUCGUCGUGUAUCAAAAGCUCUUAGUUCUGUACAGAUUCCAUAUAUUCCUCUUAGACAAGUCUCUUAAAGUCAUGGUAAGUGAUAAGGAUUUUUUUUUUUUUUCUUUUUAAACAAGGGAGAAUUUUUAGGAAAAUGGAGGAAUAGCACAAAUGUUCUAAUAGGGACUUAAUUAAAUCUUAGAAUGGAUUAAAGUAUUUAAUGUAUAUUGUCAACUUACUAAGAGUUACUAGUGCCAUAAGUAAUAAGAAUUAAGGACAUUU